AUGGUCCGCCACAACCUCAUCACCAUUGUUCCGAAGAACAUAUUCAUUCGCAUCUUGGCGCUGAUAGUUGGCGCCUCGACGAGGGACCUCGUCAACACCAAGUUGACGUGCAAACCCCUCCUUGAAGCAUCUGCGGAUGAUUCCGUCUACCGCAUCUCCAACCUCACUCCAUUCCCCGUCUUCUCAUGGAGUAUCAGCCCUUCUGCCACCUCCUUCCUCGAUCGAUGCAUUGCUAGCCGCAACCCAGAAGCAUUCUUCCGCACCGGAAUCAAGGAGUACCUGAGCAGCAAUGCAAUCGACUCGGGGAUGAGAGAGGCUGCAGAUUCGGGUCACCCCGAGUCGAUAUACUUCUACGCGAUAGCCCGACUUUCCCGAGGCGAGCACGGGGCAAGGGAUGGCUCUCCUGACCUCUCUGGGAGGCAAUUUCGGCGGGGAUAG